AUGCUUCCCCCAACCCUCCCAAAAUACAAAAACCUCUCAAUCCCUCCAGGAAUGCCCGCCCGCACAUCCUGGAACCUCUUUUCCACACCCACCCACCAAGACUCCCUCGGCACACUCAACCAGAUCACAACUUUUGUAACUCUCUCUGCCGCCUCCGAAAUUCGCAGCGGUGUAAGUGUGUCUCUUAACUGGGGACUCGAAAACUUAGAUUGUGCGGGCUUUGGACGGCAGAAAUUAGAGAGGAAGGUUGUGGAUUGGAGGAAGGAGGGGUUGAAAGCUGCUGGGAGUGAAGAGAAAGAAGGAGGUGGUGGGGAUGGAGGGUUGUUUAGUUUUGAUGAUGAACUGAGGUUUAAUACACAGAUUGGAAGUCAAUGGGAUGGUCUACGACACUGGGGCCACUCCAAAACAGGCUUCUACUACCAAGGUAUCCACCACAACGACCUCCUCGCUACUCCCCACCUAGGAAUCGAACACAUAUCCCAAAAAGGCGGUCUUUGCACCCGCGGAAUCCUCAUAGACUACCCCCUCUACUGCUCUCAAAAUAACAUCUCCUUCAACCCCAUGUCCACCCACUCCAUCCCCCUUUCCACCCUCACCUCCAUCCUCGCCUCCACAUCCACAAUCCCGAGAGCAGGCGACAUCCUCCUCCUCCGCACCGGUUUCCUCUCCACCUACCACACUCUCACACCCUCCGAACGCACCUCACAAAUCACAAACGGCAGCGCCUGGAUCGGUGUUCUCGGCGACGAAGCCAUGGUCGAAUGGCUCUGGGACACUGGCAUCGCGGCUGUCGCAGCUGAUAACAUGGGCUUCGAAUGCUGGCCACCUGUGAAUAAGGAGUGGAUGUUACAUGAUCACCUGUUGGCGUGUCUGGGGAUGCCGAUUGGGGAGUUAUGGGAUUUAGAAGGACUUGCUAAAGAGUGUGAGAGGAAUGGGCGGUGGAGUUUCUUUUUGACGAGUGCGCCGUUGAAUGUUAGGGGUGGGAUUGCGAGUCCGCCUAAUGCUUUGGCUGUUUUUUAA